AUGAUCCACCACUCCCUCAAAGCUGACGAGGCGCCCAUUUUCAAAAUUGAUAGUUCCGUUGCUUUCGUCCCUCCAAAUCUCGCCCUCGCCUGUCUCCCGAUAUAUGAUAUUGAGAAGAUAUCGAAGAGCCCGAUCCUCCCCUGUCUUCUGAAUCUUUGCUCUCGUCGUAGAUUCAGAGGCUGGCAACCCUCUCUUGUCGCCCAGCUUGAAGUUCUUUUUGGCUGCAAUGCUAUCCUCAUCGACAGAUUCUUCCUCGUCAUCCUCCUCACCGGAAGAAUUGAUCCACUUGGCUUCAUCUUCACGAUCGACCCGAGCGCAGUAUUCGUCCAAGGCAAGUUUCUCCGAGCACAGAAUCAUCACGCUCUCAGCAACUCCGAGAUCAAAAUCAACUUUGAAAAGACCAGCUGUCUCGGUGUGUUGAAUAUCGAGGACAAGGUCAAUUCCCCCACCCGAGGGCCCCUGGUCGAUACGCUCACUCUCGACAAUUUAUCUCCCAAUAGGGGAGACAUGAUCUGUCCCCUGGCUGACUUUGAGAAGAUUUUUCCGGUGUAUUCCUUCUCGGCUAGUCUCCUCCCCUAA